UUCGUUACGUUGCAAGACGCCUACUUCUAUCUUUUUUCAACUCUUUCUAUCAUCUCUCUCUCUCUCGAGAAAGAGGGAGAGAGAGAGAGAGAGAGAGAGAGAGUCGAGUGCUCUUCUUUCAUCUUCUUCGUUUUUCUUUUUCUUUUUUCUUUUUUAUUCAGUCUUCUUUCUUCCUCUUUUACAAGCUCCUCUACUACCAACUACUUACUUUCUUUCUCUUUUCAAUAGAAUCUCGUAGAACGUUGACCCUUCUUAAUUCAUUUUUCUAGUAGUCCUCUGUACCUACUUAUAAGAUCCCGGCUUUUUGUGGUAUCCUUUAUAUGUACCCACGUAUGUAUGUAUGUAUGUAUGUACGUAUGUAUGUAUGAUGUAUGUAUGUAUGAUGUAUGUAUUUACUUUGCUUUUAUUAGUUUCUUUUUUUUUUCUUUUUCUUUUUAUUUAGUCCGUAAAAAAAAGUGAGAGACCUUUUUCACGUAUUAAUGUAUGUAUGUACGUAUUUGUAUAUAUCUCAAGAUCUUUUUUUCUCUCUUAAUGAACGAGGAAGGAUUUAAGGUUUAUUUAAAAGAGAGAUUCGGUUUUUAAAAGAUUUUACUUGACAUAAGUAUUAUUUACGAUUAAAUUAUUUUAUUAGAAAAUAUCAGACUGUGCUGGUUAUUCGAUUAUAAUGUGGAAUUAUAGUUAUGAUAAAAAUAUCGAUAUUACGUUUGAAAAAAUCUAAUCUUUAAAAAUGAAUCCUUUGGAAAAUGAGAAAGCUUGUAUAUUAUAUCUACUUUGAAAGAAUAAUUCUUUUCUUUUCUUUUCUUUUUCUUUUUCAUUGUUUUCCUUCUCUUUUCCGUUUAUCGUCUAAUCAUGAAAUCUAAUCUUAUCAGUUAUCUCAUAUCGGUUAAAAUGUUAUCUUUAGCGAUUCUUAAGGGAUGGCGUGACGAAGAUCGAAGAUGAAAGAAAAAAAGAAAAGAAAAGGAAAAAAAAAAUAACGAGCGAACUAAUCGAUUCUCAACAGAAAAUGGAUUCGCUAAGAGAAUUUGUAGUUUUGUAAUAAUAGCAUAGCAAAAGGUACACUUGUUUAUUGCGAUCUUAUCCUCGUUUUAUCACGAGUGUUAUCGUAUGUCGACAACAGAUGUUUUAUCAAAAUCCUCUCAACGACGCGAACGAAAAAUUUGCGAAAUAGAACAACGAUAUAGUAAGAGAGAAAAAUAAAUAAAAUAAAAAACCGCAAAACUGGCGAACCUGGCGAAUCUCGCGAGUUGCGUCUCUACGAUGAUAGACGACGAGGAGCAAGAGGAGCUCCGUUGUACCGGAAGUGACGUAGAAAUUGAAGAAUACACCGAUACGGAAGAAUCACCAUACGUCGGCGCUUAUCGUGCCAGUUCCGAUAAGCUAUUCGACAAAAGUAGAGCGACCUGGCAAAAAUUCACCUUUCUAAUCACUCUAUUUACCGUGGUUACAUCCGUAACAGUUCUUGUUAUCGGUUUUCCACUUUAUCUCGAAAGCAUCAGUGCCGUAUCCAACGCUUACACUGGUCUUCUCUUCAGUGCACUUGGGUCUGCUUGUAUUCUUGGAUUCGUCUAUUUUGUUAUCGAAAAAGUCUCUCCGCCUCCACCUUUGGUACCAAACUCGAUGAGAAUAAGGAUACCACGUUGCAUCCUAAUCAAAAUAAGCACGCUGUAUGCUUUUUCUGGCGUUCUUGUUGCUCUAUCUCUCGAUCAAAAUCGAGUUCUGUGUCAUCUUCAAGAUCCGAUCAAGGGCAUCACUCUACUUUUCUCAUUGGUUUACUAUUUCUUCUUCUCUCGCAAAAUGAUGAGCCUUCAACGGAUAUUCGCAAGUACGACGAUAAUAGUAGGCCUGUUUAUAAGUGUCGACUAUGGUCUUUGCGAUGAAUUUCGUUGUAGAGGAAGAGAAGUGUCUGCACAUACAGCGACGAUGAGAGGAUCCUGGGGCGUCAGAGCUGUCUGGACCUUUGUUUACGUCGGUGCAUUGGCCGCUUUCGCUAUGUUCUUCACUAUGCUCGAGCGUCAUUAUACUACCGGGCAACAAAAUAUUUGUCAAUUAUUGACAACUCAGCCAAGUUCUUUCCUCUAUACCGUCUCUCGCUUGGUCUCCUCGCGUGACAUACGACGAAGAGGAUCGGAAGAGGAGGGUGGUAGAUUGUUGCACGUCACGGACCCAGAUCCAACGAUAAAGCCAAAGAAUUAUCCAAAACCACCCAUACUUCAGACCCUUUUCCACAUACAUGCCAUCGCAUUUUUUGCGAUCCUUACGCUCUGUUGGUUGGACACAUUGCCUGGUAUCGGUAGGGGUCUAUCGCCAGUCGAUUUAUAUCGUAUCGUCGAACACGGUUUAUCCUGUCACUUCAAAGCAAUCGACUCUUGCUCGAAUGUAUACAGCCACGCAUGGAUUUGUCUAUUAGCUUACGUAGUCUUCGUCAUCUCGUCUAUAAACUUUCUUUCGAUGUGUGAAAGUGCUGUAUUUACUGUAGCUGCUGCUACAGUUUCUCUUCCUU